AUGGGAAUGUGUUCGUUUUACAGCGAUAUAUACGAGGUGGUGGAUGAUCCAUCGCUGGAUUCAAUAAUCUCAUGGAGCAAAAGCAACAAGAGUUUUGUCAUCUGGGAUCCGAAAGAGCUAGUUGAAAAGAUUCUUCCGAGACUUCUUCACUACAAGUUGUCACACUUUAUAACCGAAAUUGAAAUCUAUGGAUUUGUAAGAAUUGAGGGGUCUGAGCACUUGGAAUUCGGACAUGAGCAAUACUUCGUGAGAGGUAAACCUGAGCUUUUGACGAAGAUGCGUUACCAAGCUGUCUCGAAUAUGGUGAAGAAAGGUAGAGAAAGAGCAGAGAAGAAGAUCUCUGUGGGAGAUCAGAUGAUGAGGUGCAGAUAUGCACCUAUUAGGUUCAACAAAAUUAAGAGAUCAUCAAAGAAAUCAUCAAAGAAAGCUAAAGCUAUAACGCCACUGGAGACAAUCUACGAGUGA